AUGCUAAAAGCAAUACAGAAUUUAGGUUCAUCACCAACAACUGCAACAGGGUUUGUGGCUUAUUAUUAUAGAUUGAAACCACGACAUGCCACUAAAACUAGUGCUUUUGUCUCAAUCUCCGCCACCCCAUUGUCCUAUUCUACUCCAAGAGCCAGACCCAGAAAGCCGUUUCUAUUGUUGACUCGAAAGACUCGGUCUUUGGGACCUGUUCGUGCUCACUCAACUCGGUCUGAGUCCAAGAUGGAUGGCACUUCUUCUUCCUCAUCAGUUUCUGUUCAGUCAACUGGGAGUGCUCGCAAGAUCAAUUUCUGUCAGUGGUGUGGUGGCCAGACAAAACAUGAUAUACCUGAUGGGGAGGAAAAGAUGAGGGCUAUUUGUACAGUGGUGGGAUGCCUCAUUGAGCAUGAUAACAAGGUCCUACUCUGCAAGCGAAACAUCCAACCAUCAUAUGGCCUCUGGACCCUUCCUGCUGGUUACUUGGAAAUUGGUGAGUCUGCUGCAGAAGGGGCAAUCAGGGAAACCUGGGAGGAAGCACGUGCAGAAGUGGAAGUUGUGUCACCUUUUGCUCAAUUGGACAUCCCUCUUAUUGGCCAAACUUACAUAAUUUUCUUGGCAAAGUUGAAGAAGCCCCACUUUUCACCUGGUCCAGAGUCAUUGGAGUGUCGACUUUUUUCACUGGAUGAUAUACCUUUUGAUUCUUUGGCAUUUUCUUCAAUGGUGGUUACUUUGAAGUUGGCAGUGUUUGAAUGGGGCGGUAGGUUUUCUGUUGCAUUUGCUGGCUGUGGCUUUCAGGAGAAGUCAAACUCUGUUUACUUAGACUAG